AGGCAUCAUUUCUAAAUUCUAUUAAAUAUCAAGCUGGUGAUAACAACACCAGUGAUUCCAAUAAAAAAAAUUUAUUUUUACGUUAUCUCAUACUGUCUAGGACAGUCGAUUCUAAACAAAUAUCAUCUAUAUCAUCGACUUCUAUCGUAGAAUUAACAGUUAAAGCACUCGAAAGUACUAUUUCGCAAGCGUAUUCUUAUGCAAGUCGUCUAGUAUGUCACGUAAAUAUGUAUCAACAACAUCAAAUCUUAUCACUAAGAAAAAUGUCAAAACUGACUAUUUUUCAACUACAAAAAUCCCGAAUAGUCGAUUAUUCACAUCUUAACCAACAUGAUCCAGACUUUGACUCAGAUUCAGAUGAUAGUAGUGGUGAAGGAGAUGAAGAUACUACUGAAAACUGCACAGAUAAUGAAUAUUCAACUGAGAACGACGAGGAUUAUGUAUCCAUAAUCAUCUUUUCAAAGUUAGUUCGACUACAUUUCAAGGAAUGUGAGUUUUUGAUUCUAUUAAUCCCACCUUAA